UACGUUACUUGUUUUUUUUUAUGUUAUAAAUAUGAGAAAAUUCCGUUUAUACACAAAAUAAGACAUCGUUCUUGAAAUGUUAUCGGACUCCAACUCCUUAGACCUGUAUUGAAAGCGGUAUCAAUAAAAAACCGGUCUAAAAUGACGAGUGCUACUAUUCAGGAGAUCGAAGGGAUAGACGACUAUUGGGGUCCGGCGUUCCGUUCGGUGUACGAAGGUGACGGACAUGAAGCGUUUGUGCAGCAACUUGACGAGCGCAUCAAGCAGCAUGACAAGGAGAUCGAGAAACUAUGCAACUUCCACUACCAGGGCUUCAUUGACUCAAUCCGCGAGUUGCUCCAAGUCCGCUCUCAUGCGGAAGAGCUGCAUGCUGAGAUAUCUAAUGUGGAUGCCAAUGUCAAGGAGACCACAGAAGGUCUCUGCUCGCGGGCCGAGGAGUUGAUCAGGGCUCGGCGUGUGGAGCUGAACAUUGCAGCAACGAUUGAAAAGAUGGAGCUCUGCCUCCCGCUGCUUACCACUUACUCCAAGUUAAAGACACAGGUUGAGGCUAAGAGAUACUACCCAGCCCUGAAAACGCUCGAGCAACUAGAACACGUUCUACUACCACGCGUCGGGCCAUACAAGUGGUGCGCGCAGAUCGCGGCCGACAUCCCUCGCUUGCGGCAAGCCAUACGGGACGCGUCCAUGGCCGACCUCAGAGGGUUCCUGGAGAACAUACGCCGGCUCAGUCCGCAGGUUGGUGCGAUGGCGUUGAAGCAAACUCAAGACAUGCUCGGCAGAAGCUUGGCUACUAUUGUAAAAACUAAGAAGGACAUGGCGGUCCUCGGCAUCGGCCGGGAGACCCUGGGCCCGCAGUGCGCGCACGAGCUGGUGGACUUCAGCCCGCUACACCGCUGCCUGCACAUACACGGCGUGCUGGGCGCCAAGAACGACUUCAUACAGUACUACAGAGCUCAACGCAAGCAGCAAGCGCGUUUAGUGCUGAUUCCUUCUGGUAACCUUCACGACAACAUACAGAGCGUGAAGAACUACCUCAACGCAGUGCUGGGGUUCUUCAUACUGGAGGAGCACCUGCUCAGCACUGGCGCGGGGCUGGUGUCCAAGGAUUGGCUUCUAGACACAUGGAGUAUGUCGGUGACCAAGGUGGCUUCGACCCUAAGGACAAAUACAUCGCUGAUCACAGACCCGACCCUUAUGCUGAGCAUCAAGCAUCAGAUAGUGCUGUUCAUUAACACGCUCAAAUGCUACGGGCUGCCCGCGGAUCCGCUCCCACUACUCCUCCAGGAGAUGGCGGAGCACUACACGGAGGUGCUGAUGCAGCGGUGGGUGGUUGUAUUCAGGGAUAUACUCGACAACGCCACCUUUCUUCCCAUCGAGGUGGCCGAUCAAGAGCAAUACGACGGUGUAAUGGACACAUUCCCUUACGACGGGGAAGAAUUAGAAGCUCAGGGGUUCCCUAGGAAGUUCCCAUUCUCGUCGAUAGUCCCCGCGGUGUACGUGCAAGUGAAGGAGUUCAUAUACGCGUGGCUCAAGUACUCGGCCGGCCUCGGCCUCGGCGGGGGCCGACGCGCGGCCGCGGCGAGGCAUUCGGCCUCGCUGCUGUUGAGCAGAUCCUUUACGGGCUGUCUGUCAGCGUUGUUCCGGCAUCCACUGCCACUGAUGCAACUUGUCCAGAUAAUCGUAGAUACCCACUACCUGGAAGACGCGACCAUAUGUCUCUACGAGUUUAUAAGCAACAUCACCGGUUCAGAACUGGUCACUACACAGGCGGCAGGCAGCAUGUUCCAAGCGGCGCGCGACGACGCAGAGAAACAAAUCUGCGACAACCUCGAAAAGAAAGUCGACGAGUUCCUCGACCUCGAGAACUACGACUGGUUGCUGGUCGAACCGACCGGACAGGCCUCGGCUUUUGUUACCGACAUGCUGAGCUACCUGUCCGGGGUACUGACUUCUUUGGAACAGUUGCCAGAACGUGCCAGAGUGGCAGCGGUCCGCGCAGCGACCAACCGCAUCGCGACCCGCCUCCGCAACCUGCUGCUCGACCCGGCCGUGAAGCAGGUCUCGUCCGGAGCCCUGCACCAGCUCGACCUGGACGUCAUACAGUGCGAGCAGUUCGCGGCCGCCGAGCCUGUGCCCGGACUCCGGGAAGGGGAGCUACUGGAGCAGUUUACUAGUCUACGCCAACUCCUCGACCUGAUCGGCGGGUGGGACUGGUCGUCCUACCUCCACGACAUCAACAUGGACGGCAACAAGUACAACCUCGUGACGCCCCGAGACGCCGCCACGCUCCUUGAAAAGCUCAGGGAGGCAGAGUCGAAGUCUUCCGUCUUUGCUGUCUUGAAGAAGAACGAGAGGGACAGGAGGAAGCUACUCGACACCGUUUUGAAACAGUUGAAACAAUUGCAAAAUCAGGAUGGCUAG